AUGUGGAUUGCUGGAGCAGGUGCCACCAUCCUGUCUAUCACGCAAAUUGGAGUCGCAUCCAAGAGUCAGUUGUAUGCGAAUGUCUUCGAAAUCACCGUCACCAUCUUCAUCUCCUUCCUCGCCCGCGGUCUGAGCAGUAUUCGCAGUCAGAUAAUCUGCUACACUGCCGUUUCCUCUGCCGGUAUCGUCGGUAUUCUUCCGGGUUAUUCUUCCGGAAUACCUCAUUCCGUGAAGAUGGUUUAUGCUUUGAUUUAUACACUAUUCUUGGGUUUCGGCUUACAGAUUGGUUCUGAUCUCUAUCUACUCUUCGACCAAGGUGCCCGCCAUGACCUCGCAACUCUGGCGGCUCGCAUGACGACUGCGGUCACUAUCGCCGGUGCCUUCCUCGCCGAUAAUGCCACCACAACAACCAACGCUACUGACGGCGCGAGCGAGUUACAAGGAACCUUCACUUUCACGAACUCUACACCUUACAUCGUCGAGCACAUCAUCACAGGCUGCUACACCUCUUUCCCCAUGUGUGACGUCAUGUUCUCUGCUGGAUUUACUUACACGCAAAGUUCGACGUCUUUUAUCUCGCGCGUACUGAAAUAUAAAAUAAAAUCGUAG